AUGGUCAAGCCCGAUGUCAAGCAGAACUGUAUGUCACGUCCCCCUCCACUCCCACCACUUCUCCCUCCAUACUGACCCCUUCUCCUCCACCACCACCAGACUAUUCCGACCUAGACCUACCCCCGACCGCCUCCAUCGACGACAUCCGCAAGGCCUACCGCAAGCUCGCCCUCCAGUACCACCCGGAUCGCAACGCGGGCAAAGAGGCGGAAUGUGUGCCACGCUUUCAGGCCAUCCAGGCCGCCAGCGAAGUCCUCAGCGACCCGGUCAUGAAGGCCAAGUACGACCAAGAUCGCCGCAAAGCGGGCCUCUACCCGACCUUCAAGGCAUCCGGUCCAGUGCCCACCGGCAAUCCAUACACCGCGAGCUCGGCAUACCCGCCGCCACCACGCCGUACACAGCCCGGUACGUGGCAGCGGCCUCCGUCGAGUACACAUGCACAGCAGGCCACCGGCGCCGAUCGCUUCACCAACUUCCCCAGGCCCGGCAAUGCAGGCCCUCGCAGAGAUCCCGCUGCGGAGAGGACUCAGCAAUUCCGCGCAUGGCAACACAUGAACAGCGCUCCCGACAGGCACAAGUAUGGCCAGCCGCCGCAGCCGCCCCCUCCACCUCCGAGGUCGCCCAAUCCACAGGCUCAGCCGCAUCCGCCGCAGCCCCAGAACACCGGUCGGCAGAGGAUGCAGAGCCAGGACACCAAGAUGCCCACGGAAGAGCAGAUCAGGGCGGGCAUGAGGCAUGGAAAGGCGCCUUCGCAGGGAGAGUCUCCGGCUGCUGAGAAGCAAUCAGCAUGGCAGGCAUUUCAGACGGGCAACGCGGGCAAGCCCGGUAUGCCAGGUGGUCCGAGGAAGCCGCGACGAGCAGCGCCGACGACGCCAAGGCGGCCCGGAGGAUUUGAUCCUAACGCGCCUGGAUCGGACGAGAGGCCGGCGCCCACAUCUACGGGUCACUAUUUCCAUCGGAAUAGGUCCGACGACAUGGGUAAAGAAGGCUUCCCUCCGCCUCCACCGGGCCCGCCGCCAUCGACGGCACCCUCCUCGCCCACCACCACGAAUGCCAGACCGUUUGUGGAUCCUCUACGCCCAUUCCGAAGUCGCGAGGGAGAGGGUGAGGUGCCGUACGCGGAAGGUAAUCGGGCUCGGACACCAUACACCUCAUUCAUUGGCGAGAAGACGCAGUUCUCCAGUGAAGGUCUACGCCGAUCGGCAAGUACACGGGAUACAAACAGAUCGAACCCAGACAGUGACCAGACCAGCGCGGCCCGCGCCAAGAGUUUCAGUCCGCCCCUGGCCCGCAAGCAAGCAGACUCCACUCAAGCAGGCAGUGGCACCGCGGGCAAGCCUUUCCCGGGCAUGUACAGCGACUCCAGCGAGUCCACGGAGGGCUCCAUGGAGGGCGACGAGAAUGGAACAUCCGACGUGAAUGACAGCGACGAAACUUAUCCAGAUCGACCAAGAACAGAUCCUCCCGAUGAUGCCGGUCCCUUCCAACCGCCACCGCGAGAUCGACCGAUACGCAAACCCAAACCCCCGAGUUCGAGACUCAACGGCUCCAACCUGCCCGGAUCGAAUGUGUCGUCGAAUGCUGCUACUUCACCGCAGCGCGGCGAGAGCUCGACCGCUGGUGCUCAGUCUGAUGUGGAGCCUCGGAGCAUGCGCCAGCGCAAGAGCGGCACCAACAUGUACGCCAACCCCUCUCCUUUCUCUAACCCUCUCCCCCGUCCUUUCAAUCGCGAGCAGUGGCGUAAGGAUGCGUUCGGGUCGGAUGGCACAACGCACGAGGCGACAGUUCCCAAGUGGGCUGUUCCGAGUUCUGUGCUUCCGACGACGCAUCGGAAGAAGUUCAACACUGUGAGUUCGCGCGCAAAGGGCACCGUCGAAUCUCUCGAACAGGAUACACUGUGGGCACGGGUCUCAGGUCCUGUGCGCGCAGCCUAUCGAGACUUCCGUGAAGUUCUGAAGAGCAAGUGUGGAAGCGAUACCAAGCAGCUGUACAUGCUCGACUUGGAUGUUUUCCUCAAACUUGUCUCGCAAGCAUGCAACGGACAGUCGACCGGACAUGCCGAUUGCGACUUUGCGAUUCAACACGCACUACUUGCAAAUCCGUCUAUUCGCGAUGUUGAUGCGCGACCACAACUUGCUGACCACAUGUUUUCUGUCAACAGCUUUACGUUUCCAAUCGACAAGGAUACAUUUCCCGCGACGAGUGGUAAGAGUCGGAGUACGGAGGAUAUCAAUACCAACUUUUCGCCGGGUGGCUGGUCUGGGGAGUUCAAAGGCACUCCUCACUUGGAGAAUGUGCCAGACUAUUUCGGCAACAGGAGGCCCUCGCCUGGUCGUCGAACGGGGAACAGCCGCCAAGGACGUCCCGCGACCAUGGAUAUUCCGUCCACCAGCUCCGAGAUGCCCCCGCCUCGGCGACCAGACGGCCCCAAUUCCAUGUACAAUUCACCAAGUGAGACGAAGUUCAGCGAGGAGCAAUGGAAAAACACCUUCAAAGACGCAUCAUGGACAUGGCAGGCGAACGGUGCGGGAAGCCAGCCCAGCUCCAAGACACCGAGCCGCAAGAGCAGCAGGCUGCAGCCGCAGACGUCGGCGGACAAUGUUGGGACUACGGGAACCAAGGAUCAUCCGCAUGUCGUGGUUGACGAUGAACAUGUGGAUCAUCGGGAGGCGAGUGGCACCCGAGGUGCAGGUGUCGAUGUCGACGAUGCUAUGGAUAUCGACACGCCACCACCCGCUGGUCAGGCGAACUCGGUGCCGCGCCACAGCACUCUCAGUGCGACGGAGCCGCGGUUGUAUUCGGUGCCGCCGUCAGCAUGGCGACAAGAACAGCAAAAGCAACAGAACAAGAAGUCGUCGGAUCAUCGUAGGUCGUCUACGGAGCCGAAGCUCGCGACGAAUCUGGACGACCUGUCGCAUGUGGAGCCUCUCGCCAAGGACGCGGCCGGUCUGCAAAACCUCGCCGACAUGAGCUCGACGCUACCCUUCGACUCGCAGGCCGCACCGUCUGUGUCGGAGAAAUCCAAGGAGCCCGAUCGGCUGCAGAUGCCGCCUCUGCCCAAGGUACCAGACAUGCCGGCGAGACUGACCAAGGCGAGCUGGCACACGUACGCCCUCUGCUUCGGCAACUAUCUGCAGCACUUCCACGCAUUCAACAAGACGAUGCUGGCGCAUGUGGACGCGCGUCAGAAGCAGGCAGAGGCACGUCUGCUGCGGGGAUCGCGCUGGCUGGAAGCCGGGGGCGACACGAGCGACAACCAGGGCUUCGACAGCUACCUCAAGGGCGUGCGCGAGGACGAGCAGGUGCGCGAGACGUGGAAUUUGGGGUGCGAGAGGCACCUGGAGGCCGUCAAUGCGUUUGACAAGAUGAGGGAGAGAGUGAAGAAGCAGGCUGCAAUUGGAGCCUUGAUCGAUUCGUGA